UUUUUAGAAAAGAAUGAAAUUUCAUACAAAGUUAUCAGUUGGCUUCCACCUGAAGAUCAUAGAAAAGAUUUUAAUAACACUUUUGAUUUCUUUGUGACAGAAGCUUUGCAUGGCAGAGGAGCAUUUGACAACUUUGUAAAGUUAAUGGAACAAUUGGGGAUUCGAUGCAGUGAUUUGCUAAGGAGAAGUGAUAUCAUGGAUUUCUUAAAAAAUGAGAACUUUGACCUGGUAUUUGUUGAAGCAUUUGACUUCUGUUCUUUCCUGGUUGCUGAGAAGCUUGGGAAGCCAUUUGUGUCGAUUCUUCCCACUUCCUUUGGCAGUGUGGACCUUGGACUACCAAACCCUGUGUCUUAUGUUCCAGUAUUCAAUUCCUUGCUAACCGACCACAUGGACUUCUGGGGCAGAGUGAAGAAUUUUCUGAUGCUCUUUGAUUUCUCCAUAAAGCAAUGGCGAAUCCAGUCUACGUUUGACAGCACCAUCAAGGAACAUUUCCCAGAAGGCUCUAGGCCAGUUUUGUCUCAUCUCCUAAAGAAAGCAGAGCUGUGGUUUGUUAACUCUGACUUUGCCUUUGAAUUUGCUCGGCCCCUGCUUCCCAACACUGUGUAUGUUGGAGGCUUAAUAUCCAGACCUGUUAAAGCAGUACCACAG